UCUGUUGUCUUGGAAACUUAUCUUACUUAGGCGCAAGAAAUUAACUUUAAACAGCACUGUUUGCGAGCAGGAUUUGCUAUAUAAUAGUAUAUAAAAAGCGGCCAUCUGUAAGUUAGAGUGGCUUCCCCUGAAUCUUGCGCUAUAAGUUUACAAUUAAAAAAAAUAAACAAGAUUGCUGCUAUAGUAAAUGAGCAUGAUUGUAUCUGUUGGGAACAUCGCUAGUCUUCAUUUAUUACUGAAAAGUUUUAAUUCAAUUGUUUAAAAACAGGUAUCCAGCACCAACAUUGGACUUCUAACAGUCUCUUGACUUAUGGAUAAAAAAGUCAGCUGGAUCAUACUUUUCCUGGUUUCAGUGUUGUAUGAUGAUAAUUAUGUUUCCACUGUUACCAUUUGGUCCAUGCCUCGCGAGGUUAAUUCAGGGGAUACCUACUUUGCAAUGGUGCCUUUCAAGUUUGACGUGCCACCUGGUCUUACCUACAUGAACAUGUCUAUUCAGGUAGCCAGGAGCCACGCAGAAUGCGAAGACAGGACAGUCACAGUGUUGAUUGACCAUGGGGGACUGCCACUAAUCCAGCUGGACCGGGAUUUGUAUCCCCCAGGCUUUAUCACGGAGACUCCAACUCUGAACGUGACCAUUAUGGUGGGGCAGCUAGUGGCAAUGACUAUCCCCAGGCCAAUCCCAGGGCCAUGGUUUCUCGUCGCCUACUACACCUAUGAUUUCCUUAAAGAUAAAAUCGCACUUAAGGGCGUGGACGACAAAUACUGCAUGUACAGUUACCUGACGAGGGUGGAAAUCCCUGAGGCUACACCAACCAUCUCCAUCAGCGUCAACCAACUUCAGAGUGCAGAGGUCAACACCAGGGGCACUUUGUUUAGCUUUAAAGUUCCUCCGUCUACUCAAAGUUUCCGUGUCCUGCUCAGCCAGUGUGACCCUGAGCCCUGUAGCGUGAGACUGGCCUACCUACCCAGCCAGAUGAACAAAGCAUACAUUAAAUCCUGCACCGGGGAACCCGAUUGUUCCCUGUACAUUCCUUCCCCACCUCUCAAUGACUUGCAUUUGAUUGAAAUACGUACUGUUGGAGCCACAAAUAAUCAGAGAGUAACCUUUUUGAUAGUAGUCACUAGUUGUUCCAUGUGGCCAGAUUUCAAGUCCAACAGAUGUACAACCAUGCCAUUUCUGGACAGAGUAGCCUUUGGCCAUGCUUUUACCGUGACCUUUGGCUUCCUGUUUUAUAACUCCCUUCAUUUUAAUGUGGAUCUGUCCAAGUCCGGUGUGCUGGUGGUACCUUUUGAAAUUGUCAGCCCUUCAGACAACGGAGGCACCCUCAGGUGGGAAGUGAAGAUGCUCAACUACACACAGGGUCUGACCACUGCCGUCAGGUUGUGCGGGGCACUGAUAUACAACUACCUGCCUGACAUGACAGACUACUUUGACGUGUGUAAAAACGUAUCCAACGUGGCAGAACGCUAUGUCACUGGUGUCAACUUUGGCCAGAUUAAGCAGUACGUGCCAUACCCCAGUACGGGUGUUUGGCAUAUCAUCUUACAGGCAACCUGCACUGACAAGGCCAGUGAGAAGACGGUGCCUUGCCCCAAACUAAAUGUGAACAUGUCCCUCCAACUCCAGCGCUGUUACGAGAACGGCUGCGAUGACAAGGGAACUUGCAAAAUUUCAGGAGCUUAUUCUGAUCUAGUUGUCUAUUCUGUGUGUUACUGUGAUGGAGGAUACAGGGGCUAUGCUUGUACUGAUGAUAGUAAAUCAGAUUCUGUUGGCACCCAGUUGGCAGCUGCUUAUUUGCUCACCGUAUCCAACUUAGCUUUUCUGCCAGCUAUAAUCAUCUCUAUCAAGCGCAGAUUUCUGGUCGAGGCUUUUGUUUACACAUACACAAUGUUUUUUUCUAAGUUUUAUCAUGCUUGUGAUGGUGACCGACUUGAAAUUUAUCGCCUGUGUAUUGCCCACUUUAACGUCCUUCAAAUCUGUGAUUUCUUCGGCUCCGUCUGCUCUAUAGUUUACACGAUGCUAGUCAUGGCCAAUAUACGGUAUAUGUGGAUAACCCGCACCCUACAGGUUGUCUUGCCUAUGUUUAUCCUCAUAGGUGUGGUGUAUGACGUGACCAACGCUUGCACCUUUCUUAUUCCGGUGGUGUUUGGUGUCUUGGUGAUAAUGGUGUCUUGGGGCCAUAAAAUGUAUAAAAGACGAACACUUUACCCAUCCUGGCGACGAUAUGUGUUCUAUCUUCUUCCAGGCACCGCCCUGGCAUUGACCGGAGGAGCCAUUUUUAUAAUAUUAGAAACAGUUGAGAAUUAUCACUAUGUCCACAGUUGUUGGCACAUUGCUAUAGCAUUGUGCAUAUGUUUUCUGGUGCCACCUAGACAGCCAAGAUAUCUACCCUAUUAUGAAACAAAGGAUACAACAGAGUUGAGUGAAGUGAGACAAGCAGAGAAUCCACCUGUGGACGCCCCUGAAACUGUGACAUCACAUCUAUGACAUCACAUCUAUGACAGAGAGAGACUUGCUCCUACAAUGUUACCUACAGGCAUGCAGUUGUUCAUUGUAAUAUAUUCAGCUUGGAUGGUUGUGAAUGGGGUUCAGCUAAUUUGUUCCUUUUACCAUAAGAUGUUCUUAUUGCAUUGUAAUAUUUUUUUUAUUUAACUCACAGUAUUUAUUUCAUCAAGUCAUAUUUCUUUUUAUAUCAUAAUAUUUUUGCAAUAAUGAGUAGCAUAAUAUAUCUUGUUGACCCUGUUUAGCUAUGAUUAAAAUAAUUCAUUAUGAUAAAUUAAUAUGCUAAUCCAAAUGAUUAAAUCAUUAAUGUCUGAUUUAUUUCAGAACACUUUAUUUAGAUGGGAUUUUAUUAAUCUUAAGUUGACUUAAAAAUAUCACUUAAUUUUUUAUAUGAAACAAAUUUUCUUGUUUUUCAAAGAUGAUGGGUAAUGUUGAGUUCUUGCCAAUGAAAAAAAAAACAAUCUUUAUUCAAGUAAUUGUUGUUGUUUAUACAAAGCUAAUUCCACCACUAUUGUUAGAUAUAUGUUGUAGAUUCACUGUUAAAAGAUAAUUUUAAAACUUACAACUACAUUUUGAACUAAAAAAUGUGAAUGUUAAAGCUAAAAUGAUUGUUUUACUGUCAUUGCUAGAUAUUUAGAGGUGAAGCACAUUAUAUGCUAAAUCUAACAGCUUAUAUUUUAUUUUUGAAAAGUAAUGCUAUUUAUUUUACUACAUUUUUAGCAUCACCUGUUUCCAUUCCUGGUUUUAUACAAAGAUUAUUGACAGUUAUUUUUACAUUUAUCUUGCUGUGAUAUUCAGGUUUGAUUCAACGUUAUAUUUUUUUAUGAGUUUUGAAUUCUGCUCACCAUUCAUGUAGUUAUUUGUGACCAACACAUACAGUAUUCAUAAAAUCUAGGUGUUUUUUUUUGUUUUUACUCCUAAAUAUCUUAUAAAAUCCACUUUAUUUCUGUGUGUUCUAUUUUUCCGGUUUGCCAUGUCAUAUUUGUAUUAGCUUGAUUUCAGUAUUUUAAUCUGGUUAACUUUUUAAUUUAUCCUGUGAUUGUGUUUUAAAAAUGUAUUUUUUACAAUGAGCUUGUUUUCAAUGGGUUGUUAAGUAUAAAUGUUAUGAGCUUCAUUUAAUUUUUUUAAUACGGUCAACCCUUUAAUUUAUCCUGUGAUUGUGUUUUUAAACUAUUUUAUGUAACACCCACAUAUCUAAAUGAUUUUUAAAAAUCUAUGUUAAUUUUUACAGUGAGCUUAAUUUAAAAACUGUUUUUUAAAUUAAGUAAUUUUUAGCUUGUGUGAAUUAUUGAGUGAUUUUAUUUGCUCUUUGACAAUUUAACAGUGUGAAACUUUUUAAUGUGACAAUCCUGCAUAAUUAUAACUUUACUAGUUUUUAUAAAAUAAUUAACCACAGAAGUAAUUUUCAUGCUACUUUUUAAAGUGUUUAAUAAAAUAUACUUUAAGACACCUGUUCUGCAAAUUUUGUAUACAAAGUAGUGGUUGAAAAGUGUCCCAAUGAAGCAUGUCUUUUUUUCAUUUAUAUUCAAAUGUCUAAAUGCUAUGGUAAAAACUAUUUCCAGCCAUUCAGAAUUUUCCUAGUGGCAGCUAAAAAUUAAGUCUGUUUUUUUUUUUACAUUUUAGCAAUCAGGUCAAGUUUUUUUUUUUAAACUGAGACUGCAAAGCAAAAACAUACAGUGUAAAUACAUAAAAUUUCUGCCUCGCAAGCGAUGCAACUAGUCUCAAUUAAUGCAACAAGUUCCAUAUACAUGUGAGAAUCAGUGCAACAAAGUUCCAUAUACCUGUGAAUAUUUUGUCUCAAGUAAUGCACGACUUGAAUCAUCCCAUGUUUCACUUACAACAAAAGGAUUUGUUAAUUUGAAAUAUUGUUAAUUAAGAAAUUUGAAUUCAACUUAAGUACAAAUGGUUUUGUAUUUUAACUUGCAUGUAAUGAAUAUUGUUUAUAAUGGCCAGCAUAAUGUUUUAAGUGUUGGUGGUUUUAUUUUUUUUGUAAAUUUCCCACAUUAAAUAUUUAUUUCAGCAAUUUUCUCACGUUAUAUUGUCAAAUGUUUUAACUUCAUACGGCACGUACUAUUACUGUACAUUAUUUUUCAAAAUC